CUUAUGACAAACGAGCAGUUUUUACAUUUUUUUGUCACUGCAGAAAUUUCAAGUUAUGUUAUAAUUCUAAUAAUUUCUGUUUUUUUAAGGUGAUUCUGCAUAGUUAGGUAGUAUUUAUAUCAUCAGAUGAAGAGAUUUUGUUUUCGUGUGAGCCCAAUGCAGAUUUUUCUGAUAAAUUUCGCUCCAUUACUUCAAUAAUUUCUGCUAUCGGAUCAUCACCAUCAUUAUCAAUAAAUACCGAGCAAAGACAAAUUGAAAAGUGCAACACUGAAGACAGGAAGAUAAGGAGAAAUUCAAUCAGAUAAGUGUCUUACUUCACAAGUGCAUAUGUCAUUAACAUAAAAGUUUCAUACUUAUGCCUUCAUGUAUUUAUAAUGUCGAAAAAUAAAGUUGCAAGCUCGAAACUCGAAAGUGAUCACAUAGAAAUCAAAUCAAAGUUUGAUGCCGAGUUUCGGCGAUGGUCUUUAAAGAGAUCCGAACAUCAUAACUUUGAGGAAUUUCAGUCUCUCAUCGAACGACUGCAUAAAUUGGAUCGCUCUCAACUUUUGGUAUCCUACAUAGACCCACGAGAUAAUGAUUUACUACCAAUUAACAAUGAUGACAAUUUCGGGCGUGCUCUUACAACUGCUCGUCCUCUUUUACGGGUUAUCAUUCAGCGCAAAGGUGACAGCAUAGAGGAAAUCACUGGAUAUGGAACAAUGCGACCUCGGAACUUGAUCAGUAGUAUUCUUGGACAAACACCAGUUAAAUCAAAAAGUUUAGCCAUUUCUAAUCCUCAUGAUUUUCGACAAGUUUCUGCAAUUAUUGAUGUUGACAUUGUACCCGAGACCUGCAGACGAGUUCGUUUACUGAAGCAUGGCAGUGAAAAACCUCUGGGUUUUUACAUUAGAGAUGGUACUUCAGUACGAGUUACCGCCAACGGUUUGGAAAAGCAGCCUGGUAUAUUCAUAUCCCGCCUAGUACCCGGUGGAUUAGCGGAAAGUACCGGCCUUCUGGCAGUAAAUGAUGAGGUGCUAGAAGUGAAUGGUAUCGAAGUAAACGGUAAAACACUGGACCAAGUAACAGAUAUGAUGGUUGCUAAUAGUUCAAACUUAAUAAUUACGGUAAAACCGGCAAAUCAAAGAACACUGGCACCUCCUAGACGUGGUUCGUUUUCAAGAAACAGUCAACUAUCAGGAGGUUCUCAUCAGUCACACCAUACUACCGGGUCGGAAGAAAAUGAUCAAGAUGAUCAGGAUGAAGUUCGAGAUCUUACCGUUGCGGCCACUCUUGAUGAUAAUGCUCUUAUUACGCAAAAAGAUGGUGUUCUGCAUCUGUAGGCUGAGUAGCUAUUUUGUUUACUUUAUGCAUUAAGGAAAACGCCUCUAGAAAUCCAUAACAGCUGAACGGAACAUGCCUUCGCAGCAAAUAUCUUAUCUCAGAUGAAUUAACAGUUUUUUUAACGUUUCUUUAUGACAAUAUUUACCAUGUGUUUCAGAUAACAGCAUUUAACAAAGCAUUCUAAUUCUACAUAAUUCCAGUGAAUUCAAGAUCAGUUGGAUAAAGGUAACGGACAUAUUAAAACAUACUGAACUAAUUACAAAUUUUCCUUUUUCUCCUCUCCCUAAUGCUACGGAUUAUUACGUAAUUUGAUACUCCGUUAAAAUUAAGUCAAAGUUUAUAAUCCCUUCUCUUAUUGAAUAAAUGAAGGGAAAGAAUAACCUAAUUCAUUAUUUUAAUCUUCCUAAAAACAUUGAUAGCAUUGAGCAAUUUCAUAUUGAUUAAUAAAAAUUCUAUCUAUUUCUCUGACCCGAACUUGCGGAACAAUCGGAUACAUUAGUUUUAUCUACCAAUUUAAACUGGAAUCGCGAUGUGUUCGUGCUCGAUUCCUUACAUCGUAUUUAAUUAUAUAUACUCGUCAAAAAGCUUCAAAAUAUAUAUAAACACAAAACCAAUUUCAAUAUACUUCUAAAUGUAAAACAAACGCAUUACUUCGAUUCCUCUAAAAUUUCACAUAUAGAAGGUCAUUUAGCGGCAAAACGUAUGAAUCCGUAUUUUAAUUUUACUUGAUACUAAAAAAAUAAAGUUAUUCCACGUGUACACACUUCUCUCCUACCUAUUUGCUACCUCUUUGUGUAGAGUGUGAAAAAUAAUAUAUACAUAUAUAUAUAUAUAUAUAUAUAUAUAUAUAUAUAUAUAUAUAUAUAUAUAUAUAUAUAUAUAUAUAUAUAUAUAUAUAUAUAUAUAUAUAUAUAUAUAUAUAUAUAUAUAUAUAUAUAUAUAUAUAUAUAUAUAUAUAUAUAUAUAUAAUUUGUUUCAAGAGUUAAAAGUAUUCAAAAUAAAAGAGCCAACAACUUAUUGAGUUUUGAAGCCACGGUGCACGGUGCAAGUACGAACAUAUUGGUUAAUUGGACGAAAUAUCAACACUAAAUCACAAAAUUUACAACAUAACACCAAAUUCUUGAUAAAAGUUUGUAUUCUAGUUUAGAGGAUUAAUCUUUAAUAGGACCUUUAAAAAUUCGUUAGUAGGACAAAAUUGUCUUAUUCUCGUGAUUUUGGUCUUAAAGUUAAACCUAAAAGUUUUAAGCCUUCAAUCUUCAAAUUUCAAGCUUUUUAAAACAUCAGAACAAAUUAAUCUAAGUGCCCACUCAGUUUUCGUUCUCUUUGCUUAUAAAAUACCUCUGCUCAACAAAAACUCAAUUGCUACCGAAACCGGUACUUGUUCAAUUUUCAAAUGUCUAUAUUAUAUUAUUUCAGAAAAUUAUACUUCCAGUAUAGUGAAAGAACAAUGUUAUUGUAUAGAAUUUAGAUUGAUAUACUGGAUGGUUCAACAUUGACAGAAAAAUAAGCUACGGCAUAUGAUUUUUUAUGGUUUGACAAGUCGAUAAUGUAAUAAGAAAUAUAACAUCUAUCAAAUAAAUAAGAUUCAUCUAUCAAAUAAAUAAGACUAUUAAGAAGAACGCGAUAUUCGAUGGAAUAGUUCAACGAAUACUUUUCUCACACUCAAUAAAAUUGUCACUUUUAAUCAGGUGCAAAGCAGGAGAGGAGGGUUUUCUUCAAAAUACACGAAUACUUAAUAAUUGAAUGGUAUAACAUCAACUGUAUCAGUAUGUACUAAUGUACAUAACCGAUGCUAUAUUCUGCAUGUUUAGUUUGAUGUGAAUCAGCUGAUUCACUGAUGGUUAUCGCAUUAACAGUGAUUCAAAAUCACGAUAUAGUUCAUAUUUUUUGUAACUCUUCUGGCUGAUAAAUAAUACGCUCAAUUGAUAUUUAAUGGCAUCAAAACUGUUAUUUUUUUACAUGAAAUAUUUAGAUACUAGUGCCUUUAAAAUUCGAUGAAUAGAUAAGAUCCAUUUUGUUUAGACUCACAAGAUCCAGUUUGAAUGCCUUUAUUUCAACCAACUACAUAGUGUCUGUUCAUUCAGUGCGCUUCACAACAAGCAAUAUCAUAUAAAUCUAUAUGUUUAAUAGAAAGUAGCGUUAGGCUGUUUGAAUAAAUAUUAUAGUAAAGAGGUAGUCAAGGUUACAAACAUCGAAGUGCCUAUAAAAGGCAGCUUUAUCUAGUUACGUGCAUCAUCUGAGUAUCUGAGAACCUAGAUGAAAAAUAUCGGCCUUGUUAUACACAUACCAAAUAAACUGUUUAAGGUGGUGCGUCAUUUUUGAAGAAAAAACAACUGCGGUAAAAACUAUUCGAUAUCAUUCUUAGAACAGAAAGUAUGAUCACAGACAAACGUCCAAGCAAGAACAAAAUUUAUCGAAAAUUUCGUGUAAAUUUUCAAAGAGAAUUGCGUUAUAAAUCACUUGUAUACUAGCGCCGCCUGGUGACCUUAUCGCUACAAUACAUUUUUUUUCGCUGGGGUAUGAGGCUGGCGUCACUAGUAGCGCUAUCUAGUUACGAAUUGCUACUACAAAAAUCUUUAAACAAGUUUGGGACUCAGCUUGGACGUCUGUCUGCGGUUUUGCGGUGUUAUCGUAUCCAAUAAUUAAACUUAAGUUUUACUUAUACAUUACUUACACUCUUUACUCUAAAAGUAUAUAUAAACUUGAAAAGUAACGUUAGAAAAAAAAAAAUAAAUUAUUGUUUAGAGCGAAAGCAACUAAAUACAUAUUUGAUAUUUUAUUAAACAA